GGUGGGCGCUGCCAGGGGGAGGCAGGAGGGCAGGGAGUUCGAGUCCCGCCUCCGCGAGCCUGAACCGGGAGCCUCUUCUGCGGGCUGCUGCGAUCUCCCCAGGGGCGGAGGGGCAGGACCUGAGGGCUCGUUUCUUUUCUUCCUCGUUUUCCCCUCCUCGCUCGGAGGCCGCGGCUUUCUCAGCGGGGCGCCAGCCCGCGGGGACAAGAGUUGCCAGGAGUUUGUGCGGACUUCGGGCCCCCGGCCCCCACGCCCCGCCGCCGCCAUGCCUGUCUUCCACACGCGCACCAUCGAGAGCAUCCUGGAGCCGGUGGCCCAGCAGAUCUCCCACCUGGUCAUCAUGCACGAAGAGGGGGAGGUGGACGGCAAGGCCAUCCCCGACCUCACCGCCCCCGUCUCGGCCGUGCAGGCCGCUGUCAGCAACCUGGUGCGGGUUGGAAAAGAGACUGUGCAGACAACAGAAGACCAGAUCUUGAAAAGGGACAUGCCACCAGCAUUUAUCAAAGUGGAGAAUGCCUGCACCAAGCUGGUUCGGGCAGCCCAGAUGCUGCAAGCGGAUCCUUAUUCAGUCCCAGCUCGUGACUACCUAAUUGAUGGAUCGAGAGGAAUCCUUUCUGGAACCUCAGACUUGCUUCUGACAUUCGAUGAAGCGGAGGUCCGUAAAAUCAUCCGUGUCUGCAAAGGAAUAUUGGAAUAUCUGACUGUGGCGGAAGUAGUAGAGACUAUGGAGGAUUUGGUGACAUACACAAAGAAUCUAGGGCCAGGAAUGACAAAGAUGGCCAAAAUGAUUGAUGAGAGACAACAGGAAUUAACUCAUCAGGAACACAGGGUUAUGCUGGUAAACUCCAUGAAUACUGUGAAGGAGUUAUUGCCAGUACUUAUUUCAGCUAUGAAGAUUUUUGUAACCACAAAAAAUUCUAAAACCCAGGGAAUAGAAGAAGCGUUGAAAAAUCGCAAUUUCACAGUAGAGAAAAUGAGUGCUGAGAUAAACGAAAUAAUCCGUGUAUUACAACUCACUUCCUGGGAUGAAGAUGCCUGGGCAAGCAAGAAGGACACUGAAGCCAUGAAAAGAGCAUUAGCCUUAAUAGAUUCAAAGAUGAACCAGGCAAAAGGUUGGCUGAGAGAUCCAAAUGCACCUCCAGGGGAUGCUGGUGAGCAAGCAAUAAGGCAGAUCCUGGAUGAAGCUGGAAAAGCAGGAGAACUGUGUGCGGGCAAGGAACGCAGAGAGAUUCUGGGAACGUGCAAAACGCUGGGCCAGAUGACUGACCAGCUGGCUGACCUCAGAGCCAGGGGCCAGGGUGCGACGCCGAUGGCCAUGCAGAAGGCACAGCAGGUGUCCCAGGGGCUGGAUUUGCUCACUGCAAAAGUGGAGAACGCAGCCCGCAAAUUGGAGGCCAUGACCAACUCCAAGCAGGCAAUUGCCAAGAAGAUUGAUGCUGCUCAGAAUUGGCUCGCGGAUCCUAAUGGGGGCAGUGAAGGAGAAGAACACAUUCGGGGAAUUAUGGCUGAAGCAAGGAAAGUUGCAGAAUUAUGUGAGGAGCCUAAAGAAAGAGAUGAUAUCCUGCGUUCCCUGGGGGAGAUCUCUGCUUUGACAGCCAAACUGUCAGAGCUGCGACGACAUGGGAAAGGUGACUCUCCUGAGGCCCGUGCGUUGGCGAAGCAGAUAGCUACAUCACUCCAGAAUUUACAGUCCAAAACCAACAGGGCUGUAGCAAACACUAGGCCAGUGAAAGCAGCCGUCCAUCUGGAGGGCAAGAUUGAGCAAGCUCAGAGGUGGAUAGACAACCCUACGGUUGCUGAUCGGGGAGUAGGGCAGGCAGCCAUCCGAGGUCUGGUGGCAGAAGGUCGCCGUUUAGCCAAUGUCAUGAUGGGACCUUACCGUCAAGACCUGCUGGCCAAAUGUGACCGUGUAGACCAGCUGGCUGCCCAGCUAGCAGAUCUGGCAGCGAGAGGGGAGGGAGAAUCUCCUCAGGCCAGGGCAAUUGCUGCUCAGCUUCAGGACUCGCUGAAGGAUCUUAAAGCACGAAUGCAAGAGGCAAUGACCCAGGAGGUUUCUGACGUUUUUAGUGACACCACAACUCCUAUUAAAUUAUUAGCAGUAGCAGCCACUGCUCCCCCUGAUGCUCCCAAUAGAGAUGAGGUGUUUGAUGAAAGAGCAGCAAACUUUGAGAACCACGCUGCCAGGCUGGGAGCUACGGCUGAAAAAGCAGCUGCAGUUGGAACUGCCAAUAAAACUACGGUGGAAGGAAUCCAGGCAACGGUGAAAUCCGCGCGGGAGCUUACCCCACAGGUAGUAUCAGCUGCUCGUAUCCUCCUGAGAAAUCCUGGAAAUCAAGCUGCUUGUGAACAUUUUGAGACCAUGAAAAACCAAUGGAUUGAUAAUAUAGAAAAGAUGACAGGGUUGGUGGAUGAAGCCAUUGAUACUAAAUCUCUGUUGGAUGCGUCAGAAGAGGCUAUUAAGAAAGAUCUGGAUAAAUGUAAAGUUGCCAUGGCCAACAUGCAACCUCAGAUGCUGGUAGCUGGUGCCACCAGCAUCGCCAGACGAGCAAACCGCAUCCUACUGGUGGCCAAACGGGAGGUGGAAAAUUCAGAAGACCCUAAAUUCCGUGAGGCAGUUAAAGCAGCCUCUGAUGAGCUCAGCAAAACUAUAUCACCAAUGGUGAUGGAUGCUAAAGCUGUGGCAGGAAACAUUUCUGAUCCUGCUUUGCAGAAGAGCUUCUUGGAUUCUGGAUACAGAAUUCUGGGAGCUGUGGCCAAAGUCAGAGAAGCCUUCCAGCCUCAAGAACCAGAUUUCCCCCCUCCUCCUCCUGACCUUGAGCAGCUUCACCUGACUGAUGAGCUUGCUCCUCCCAAACCACCACUUCCAGAAGGUGAAGUUCCCCCACCCAGGCCACCACCACCUGAAGAAAAGGAUGAGGAGUUCCCGGAGCAGAAGGCAGGAGAAGCUAUUAAUCAGCCCAUGAUGAUGGCUGCCAGGCAGCUGCACGAUGAAGCCCGGAAGUGGUCUAGCAAGCCUGAUGUGACUGUGAUUAAUGAAGCGGCUGAGGCUGGUGUAGAUGUAGAUGAGGAGGAUGAUGCAGAUGUUGAAUUCACUCUCCCCUCUGACAUUGAAGAUGAUUACGAGCCUGAGCUGCUGUUAAUGCCAACCAAUCAGCCCGUUAACCAGCCCAUUCUGGCUGCUGCUCAGUCUCUGCAUCGGGAAGCAACCAAGUGGUCUAGUAAGGGUAACGACAUCAUCGCGGCGGCCAAGCGCAUGGCCCUGCUGAUGGCCGAGAUGUCCCGCCUGGUGAGAGGGGGCAGCGGCAACAAGCGCGCCCUCAUUCAGUGCGCCAAGGACAUCGCCAAGGCCUCUGAUGAAGUCACUCGACUGGCCAAGGAGGUGGCCAAGCAGUGCACGGACAAGAGGAUCAGAACCAACCUCUUGCAGGUCUGUGAGCGAAUCCCAACCAUCAGUACCCAACUCAAAAUUCUUUCCACUGUCAAAGCCACCAUGCUGGGCAGGACUAAUAUCAGCGACGAAGAGUCGGAACAGGCGACCGAGAUGUUGGUUCACAACGCCCAGAACCUCAUGCAGUCUGUGAAGGAAACGGUGAGAGAAGCUGAAGCAGCGUCCAUUAAGAUCAGAACAGAUGCUGGAUUCACCCUUCGCUGGGUCAGGAAGACCCCGUGGUAUCAGUAAACACUCGCCACAUAAGUAUUGUUUUCUGUAACAUAAAAAAAUGCCUUUUUUUUGGAAACAGAAGAGAUAUAUUGACAGCAGAAGGUGCUGUUUACAUGAGCUUGAGAUUAGCUUGUGCUAAUGCCCCAUUCUAAGGGUAUGAGUUAUAUGAGAAUGCAUUUCAAAUGUCUUCGGAACGCGUUUGGUAUCAAACACCUCAAAAUUGCUUCCAACAGUAGACAGUUCUUAUCCUCUUUUUUAUUUUUUUUUUUUUGCUUUUGAAGAUUUUCUUCAUGAAUCCUGUACUCCCAGAAGCACAUUUCAUGUAUGCACUGUAUAUUCUGGUAACUUCCAUGUGAUGAUAUAAAACAUGGACCUCACUUUAAGCUUGUGUUGAGAGUCUAGGACACUAUUGGUUACCUGGCAGGUUUUUUUAGGGACAAUCAUGGAUAUAGAAACAUUCAACUUUUCAAUGAGAUUUUAGCUGGGCUGUUCUUAAACCGUGUGGAAAUGACAGAAGGGCGUGGAGGUUUUUAAUUAAAAAGCAAAGGGUGGGGUGUCAGCAGAAUAGAUGUGAACUGACCAUUACAAUUCCAUGUCUGAAAUGAUACAUAUUUUUUUUUGCUUUUGAUUUUUGCCUGGCAACAGGACUUUAACCAGAACUGGAGCUGUCUCUGUCACCCUGCAGGUGGGCAUUCCAGACCUCUGGUACUGGACUGAAAGGCUUUGCAGUGGCUGCGAGUGGCCACUGUUGACAGCUUGAACCUUGUGGCUGGAGACCUUAAAUCAUGGAACUUUUUCCUUCUUGCCCAAAUCAGUAAUGUAUUGAGCUGAAAAAAGAAAAAAUCCUGGUUGUCUUAAUCUUGCGUGUCCAGGACCAGCAAACGCCACGUGCUGGCUCUCUCCUUUUGAAAACCAAAUGAGCACAUGCAGUUUUGGUUUGUGGUUUUUUUUUUUUCCCCUCCCUCUUCCUUCCAUCUAAUGUGAUUCCAGCCACUCAAGGUGGAAAUUGAAAGGUAAAGAUACUCAAUUAGAAAAGACCUUUGGCCUCACCGUCCUCAUUUCCAUAAGCUUUUUGAAACCCAAGCGCUGCAGGGACACAUGAAACCCUUUUUCAGGCAGUCUGAGGGCUCCCAGCAAAUGGGGGGUCCUGAUGCACAACAUACGCAGAUAUUUUAAAUGGUUUUGAUGUUUGGAGGCUCAAAAUCUGUUUUCAGGGUCUAGUAAUAGUGAAUUGAACAAAGUGUUUACUGUAUCUUAAAAAAAAAUAAUAAAACCAACAAACCCACAACAACACAACCCCACAAAAUCCUCCCACUCUAUUACUACAAUGGACUUGGGAUGCUUUUAGCCUUCGGUAAUUGAAAAUGCCUUGAGAUAGAUACACACACACACACUAAUGGAAUUGCUCCACAGUCUCUUUGGGCAUUGGUGAGAAAGGAAAAUGAGUGUUUUAGGAUGGGGAGCACCUGCAGGCUCCUGCCCACAUCAGCCCUGACCUCUUAAUUUUGCUGAAAACUGUUGUGUGAUCAAACCAGCCUCAGUGGAAGUGCCCUUGGGGGAAAACUGCUCAGUCUUAACAGCUGGAGGAGACGCCCGGGGGACAGUCAGUCCUCUGUCCUUUACCUCUCUGCAACAGUGACCCUACAGUUGGACUUUCUCCCCUCAACCCCCCUCCUUGGUUGCACUGUUAUCUAAAAAGGGAAGUUAAACUGAUGAUUAAUAAAUCCAUCUGCCUCGAACUGACCUGAGCAAGGGAAAGCACAGGGGCCUCUUUGACUUGCUCCCUGCGCCCGCGGGUGAGGAAACACGUGGUCCCUGGGGCCUUUCCUGGGUGCUCUCUUCCUGCCAGUACCUGCCAGAGGAAGAGGAAGGAAGGGAAGCCAGAGCCUUAACCCCAAUGUCUUGCCUUCGGUUGGUUUAUACCAGAUCUUUAACAUAAUUGUAAUGUAGUAAUUUCUAUUUAAUAGUAAAUAACACUGAAUAGGUAGGGGUUAUUUUUAAGGGAUUUUUCUAAAUAGUCUUCCUUUAUGACUUUCCAACGCUCCUCACGUUUCCUCCCUCCCCCCCCAGUUCAGGCUUCUCUGUGAGAUUUUUAUUUUGUCUUUUUAGCAUCACUGUUUAGUUGCUUGACUGAUAUUAAUGCAAUAUUACUAAUGCCUUUAAUACAUAAUUGUUUAUGCCAAAGAUCACUUUUUUUGUUUAUCGAGGGAUGUUUGCAGGAAAGCUACGAAUCAUGGUUGCCUUGGAUAUUCUUCCAGAAUGUUUGCUCUGAGUUCUUGAACUGUUUUGUAGAAGCCAAGAUACUUGUCCAGCUUAUGCAAUUGCUGCUUUGGUUGUUUUUUUUUUUUGAACACUAUUGGUCUUCAGACCCUGAAACGCAGCAGAAAAAAUUUGAAAAAGACCAUGAAUGUCACUUAGAAAUGUUUUACCACUAUAAAACUUUGUUUAUAAACCAAAAUGUAUUGUAUAGUCUAAUGUUUUCAACCUCUCUUGGGUUCUGUUAAAACAAUAAAAAUGCAUUUGUACAAAA